AUGAAAAGUUGUUAUUCUGAAUAUGAUGAUAAAUACAAAUUCGAGAAGGAAUCGAUACCACUAGAGAAUCUAAGACAUUUAACACAGUCGUUGGAGACUCUACAUGCUCCUUUGAGUUCAUUGAUGUUUACCAAUCAUAUACCAACACUAAAACAACUAAAUAUCAUUCAUUGUGUCGAGGGAAAGGAAUCAUUGAAAUUGGAUAAACGAUUGAAAUCUGCACUCUACCCAAAAGAUAAACAACAACAACAACAAAAUUGUCAAUCCCAACAACAACUACAAAAUAUAAAACAUUUAUCUUUACAUUUCGAUUAUUAUUCAGAAUUCAAGAUAUCAAAGUCAUCGAUAAAGAAAUGGAUAGAGAAUAUAUUUCUAUCGGAUGCGCUUGGAGGUGUGCCAUCGAUUGAGGUGUCAGACCGCUACUUUGGUGUGAUACUUAACUUUCCGGAAUACUUUUUUGGUGCAUUGAAGAAAAGAAAACAGCAGUUGUUACAUCUCUCGAUCACUCAUCCCAAUCUACUGCAAGACAAUCGUUUCUUUGAUGAAUUGCUCCGAUAUCUCUCUGCUAUGACCACCAAAGACGGCAACUGCUGCUGCUUGACAUCGUUCAAGUACAACAAAGAGUUACUCACCGAUUCGAUUGUCCAGUAUCUCCUGACUGAAUGUCCGAUUCCACAGGUCGAUGUUAUUAUACCCGCCAAAAUGAUUAUGUACCCACUGCAGCGGAGAUUCGACAAGCUAACACUCUCGCUCAGUCUCUAUCGAUUCCAAAUACCGUACGAACCACCGCUGAACAUCGACAACAGCGACAUCUUCCAAUCGUUGAACCAAGUCAACCGUCUCUACGUGGUGAUCGAUCGCUACGGCUACGAAUACAACUCAAAGAUCAAUACGAUUCUCGCCAGCCUAUUCGAGAGUAACACCCAAUCGAGCUUGAUAAACACAGAGUUAUUCUUAGAUGAAGCACCACUCUACGAUCAUCUCUUUGACCGACUACUCAAAGCGAUCGAGAGUAACCAUCACCUCAAACAAGUAGAACUCCUGAUAAAAUCCGUUAGCAUUCCUAUGCACCAUUCACUGCCGAAACUAUCUAGACUGAUCUCAUGUAUAAACAAUCAUCCAACAAUAACAAACAAGAGUCAAUCAAUAAAGAUAAUACCAGGUAAUUACUAA